AGCUUUUUUUUUUAACCAGCUGCGGGGGGAAGCUGAACAGGGGCAAUUUAAAUACACUAGGAUCAUCUCCUGCAACUGCUGCUUUUUUUAAUUUAUGUUUUAAAUUUAAUUUCUUACCAUCUCAUUGUUAUCAUUUUUCCCAUUUUUUUGGGGAGGGGGUACACUAUGAAAGCCUGUGCAUUUCGGGUGCAUUCCUGCUGCUGGCUGGGACUAUGAUUUAUCAAUGCUCGCAGCUUUGUUCUCAUGACACACUUGAACUCAUUCAGUCGCAUCCAAACAGAAGAGAGCGGUGAUUUAACUUUCUUGCAUCUUCGACGAUUCCAGCUGCAGCAGGUACUUUCUGCCUUUGAGCGGUUGCCCUGCUGUGUGUAGGUGUUGAAGCAGCCAUGUGGAGCAGGGAGAGCGCUCCUCCACUUCUCCUCUGCCUGCUGGCGCUCACUGCUCUCUGGAAAACCAGGUCAGUGAGCUGUGAUGCCCAAUCUAAUCCCUUUCAAACCAACAUCACCCUGUUUACGCGCAUCCUGGACAGCCUGCUGGAUGGAUAUGACAACCGUCUACGGCCAGGGCUUGGUGACAGGAUAACAGAGGUGAAGACAAAUAUCUAUGUCACCAGCUUCGGACCAGUUUCAGACACAGACAUGGAGUACACCAUCGAUGUUUUUUUCCGGCAAAGCUGGAAGGACGAGAGGUUGAAAUUUAACGGGCCGAUGAAUAUACUGCCGCUCAACAACCUGAUGGCAAGUAAAAUCUGGACUCCGGACACCUUCUUCCACAAUGGGAAGAAGUCUGUGGCUCAUAACAUGACAAUGCCGAAUAAACUGCUAAGGAUCAAAGAUGACGGGACGCUGCUGUACACCAUGAGGUUAACUGUGCAUGCAGAGUGCCCAAUGCAUCUGGAGGAUUUCCCCAUGGACUUUCAUUCCUGUCCACUAAAAUUUGGCAGCUAUGCCUACACAAUCUCAGAAGUGACAUAUGCUUGGACUCGAAAUGCCUCCGACUCUGUGGUGGUGGAAGGAGAAAGCUCCCGCCUUAACCAGUAUGACCUGCUUGGACAAACGGUCGGACAGGAGACUAUCAAAUCGAGCACAGGUGAAUACACCGUGAUGACGGCUCAUUUCCAUCUGAAGAGGAAGAUUGGUUACUUUGUUAUCCAGACGUACCUCCCAUGCAUCAUGACAGUCAUCCUUUCCCAAGUGUCUUUCUGGUUGAAUAGAGAAUCAGUGCCAGCCAGGACUGUGUUUGGUGUGACCACUGUUCUCACAAUGACGACACUGAGUAUCAGUGCAAGGAACUCACUUCCCAAGGUUGCCUACGCCACUGCCAUGGACUGGUUCAUCGCCGUCUGCUAUGCCUUUGUCUUCUCUGCUUUGAUAGAGUUUGCCACUGUGAAUUACUUCACAAAGCGCGGCUGGGCUUGGGAUGGAAAGAGUAUUGUGACUGAAAAGAAAAAAGAGAGGGCUACUGUCGCUAAGAAGAAUAAUGCCUACGCUGUAGCAGUGGCCAACUAUGCGCCAAACAUCGCCAAGGACUCCAGCACACUUCCAACUAUCGCCAAAGGUGGAGCUAUGGAUCCCAACAAGCCCAGAGCAGAUGGCAAAGUACCAGAUAGCAAGAAGACAUUCAACAGCGUUAGCAAAAUUGACCGGAUGUCAAGGGUCCUGUUUCCGGUUCUCUUUGGUAGCUUCAACCUUGUUUACUGGGCGACAUACUUAAACAGAGAACCCAUUAUAAAGGACAUGGUCCCCUCCACUUAGAGGCCAGUUGUAGUGCGUUCUGGUCUUGGGUCCAAGAGACGAACCAAAUACCUCCAGCAACUGUGUACAUAUACCUUUGCAGAGUGAAGUCCUGGAUUGCAGUGUGAUCCUCUAUCUCCGCCUGUUUUCUACACUGUCUGCAGCACUUUUGAAAAGCCCGGCUUUUGUAAAUGUGUAUGUAUAUUUAUAUUCAUGGUUUCAUGGUGACAUAUCGUGUGAUUACUUCUAUUAGAGUGCAUAUUUCCUUGAAAGUAUGUUUCCAGUUACAGUAUGUGGCCACUGUACAUACAACUCAAAUGAAGAGUAAAGAAAUAAACAUGAACACAUACCUUUUAUUUAUUUCUAAAUGUGUUGAAGUUUGCUGGUAAUUUCCACUCUCUUAAUAUGAUAGAUUUGUUUUCCCCUUUUGAGUGAAAGGGACUGAUUUUUAUCACAUUGAAUUACUUUCUUUGCCAUCGAAGAGUGGCCUGACAAUUUUUUAGUUUCUCCAAGCCAAUGCAAAAACACAUUUUGUAUAAUAUUGUUACAAUGAUAAUCUGUGACUGCAGGUAUGGGGCUACAAUCACACACUGACCUCCAGAAUUAUUUAAACACCUCAAGCCCAAAAGGUUGUUAAAUAUAGAAAACAUAUAACAUUAGUAUGCUUGUGUGGUAUCAUUUGGAAUGAAAGGAAAAUAUUAUUGUGAAACGUAAUGAGAACACAUUGGGUAAGAAAAGAAACAAUCAAAAAACAGAAUGACAAAACACGCUCUGAUUGUGUUGAGGUGUUAAAAGAUAAAAACUCAAGCGUAAGGUUAGUAAUGCUUAAUAUAAAGUAAUUAUUGUUUUUAUUCAGGACAAAUGAAGCUGAUAUUCAGUCAAAAAUUGUUUCUGCAUUGAACAACGUUUGAUUUAUGUUUGCACACUAAUUGUAUGAGGUUAAGUUUUGUUAGCCAUGGCAGAGUUUAAGAAUAAUGAAAAGGAUUUAUGUUUAACCUGAAUUAAACUAAUAAACUAUAUAGCUUAACUUUCAAACACUAUGAGCAAGAGCGUGCCUAAUGAUAAGAGUCUAUGAACUGUAUCUGUUAUGUAUCAGGGAUUUGAGAGGCAACAGCAACAUCAUUGAAUAAAAUAACCUCCAGUAUAAAAAUAUAUUGAUCAAUGUUUUACCUCUACAAGAAAAGAACACAAUACACAGCUGAAAGACACACAUCCCUGGUCAAAUUUUGUCUGAAAGUUUUGUUCAACUUAUUGUCAAACAAAGUGAUAAAAAUGUCUAACAGACACAUAGCAAAAUUAAGUAAGUCCAGUAUUCGCUCUUCUUUUACCUCUAUUUUGGUAUCCUCCAACUCCUGAGGAAAAUAUCUUGGAAUAGCAUUUAAUUAGUUUGACUUUCUUCCCCAGCCAACUAACUUUGUCAGAUUGGCAUUUGGUACUGGAUAGUUGAUUUACAGAAUGUAUAGAUUUAAAACCAAAAAAAACAAACUACAAAAGGCUAAAGAGCAACUUCAGAGCUCCUGAGCAUGACCAUAAUCUUCUGUAGGUACGUCCUCUCAACACAUUGCAGACAUCACGAUUAGAUGUUUAAAAAAUGAUUAACAAUAAUUAAAAAGUACAGAUAAUAAGUAUUUACUUUUAAAAUAUUUAUUUAUUUGUGUGUGAAAACAUCUCAUCACUUAUUUUAAAUGAUUAUAUGGCAGCUUUGUUUUAAACUUACCUGUGGUGGAAGUGACUCUGGAGGACAGUGUGGAUGUAUUGGUGUAGACUUCAGCUCCGUGGCACUACUUAUCAGCAUGUCUGCCAUCUUUCAUACCCAUUGUCUGUCCCCUCACAACACAUUUCAUGAUCACACAAGCUAUUCAAACAAAUUACAGGGAUAAAACAGCAAACACAGGACUGUUUUGUGCCAAUAUCAACUCCCAUCAAUCGUUGGUAGAAAACAGUCACAUUCUUCUCCAAGUAUUUAUUAUCUGUUAUUUGCUUCAAGUGAAGAUACAGCCAGGAUUUGGGACUAACUUAUUUUUUUUCUCAGAAAAUGGUCAUAGAUGUGUAGCUUCAUCUUGUAUUUGUAUGCAGAUUGAUUGUCACUAAAACUUUGAAUUAACUCUGAAGCCAUAUACAGUCAUCAUGUAAUCCAAUUCCAUCAGCAACAAAAUAACAGGGACAACCAAUGAUUGUACUUUAUGAGCAUAUGACACUGUGGUAAAAAAAAAAAAAGAAGUAUAAACCUAUUUUGAAGAUAUCACAGAUGCUGUAUAUCAAGAAGACAAGUUGUGUAUCAAGCCCCAUAUCAGCAGCCAUAAGCAGUAUGGUACUCUACUGUAAGUUUUUCCUCAUAAAGUGAUAUUUUGCUUCACGCCAAUAUCUAUCUUAUUUUAUUGACUCAAACUUUGCAUGAACAAAAAACAACUAGCUUUUAUAUUUAUUUUUAAGAAAUGAUGUUGUCAGUAAGAAAUUAUUUUUAAUUGAAAUUCCGCAUCCUGGUAGAAUCUUAAACAUUCCAGAUCAGAUGAUUGUUCACAAGGUGGAUGCUUGAU